UUGACCACUGCUGUUCGCAACACACUGGAAUCCCGAUUUGCUGUCCUACUGCCAACCACACAGUUAGUUAACCAAUUAAAAAUGUGCACUGAUCUGAACGACGGAGUGCGUUUUGUCACUUGUCCAACGCGCUCAUCCGAGGUUAGUCAAAUUCAACAUGCAGCUCAACCGGAACAUGGAUUGAACACGGAUUCCACCAAUGUACAGGCCAAAGAAAUCGAUAUCACAUUGACCAAUCAGCCCGGUCAGUCGAACACCGGUUCAUCUACCAGUACUCCAGUAGCGAUUCGCAGUCUUGCCAGUGCCGCAUCCCGAGCCGAAUCGGAACUGUUAGCACAACGUCUGCUCUGUUUGACUGUGUUGACUGGAUCCGAUUCGGACCGGUCUGUUGCAUUGCCCGGUCCUCGUCUUGGACUGUGCCCACUGCCGUGGCGUGUCGUCCGAUUCCUGUCUGGUGAACAACUCUAUCAGUUGUGGGAAUGGAAGCAGCAAUAUGAGGUCCGGAUCUCGCAUUUGCCUAACGACAUCCAACGGCUAUUAUACGCACUUCGACCCACACUGGAUUAUCCGUCGGCGCGACCACGAGAGAAUCCGCACUCUUUGUUGCAAGUGCGCGAUUUGAAUCGAUUACAGGGAGUGAUUUUCAAAAGCGAGGAAAUUCCUCGUGUCCCCGAAUUUUUGGCUCUCUCAGCGGCCUAUUUUCUCUCUGUACUCAUGGUCUCAAAAUAUCGCGAUAUUUUGGAACCGCGUGAUACGUUUUUCGCACCACCCACAAGCACGGGUUCAGGCACUUCCGUGUUAAACAGAACAGCUCCAGCUGCUAUCCCUGUCUCUCCAACCAAGCGAUCGAAUGCAGAAGUAAAUGGGACAAAUAAUCAUCAUGAUCAUACGAACUUAACGGAUGAAGAAAGCAAUCGAAGCCGAACCGGCUCGACAGGUUCCGGCUCGAUAAAGUCCGCGNACGAUAGCCCUGAAUCUGUUGUGCAGUUAAAUCCGACUGGAGCCUCCGGUGAUGAGGUCGGACGAGUAUCCGCACACGGAUCGCGAUCGUCAUUUUCCACCUCUACCCGUUCUUCAACAAGUCUGGCUCGGGAAAAGGAUCGUCUUACGGAGGCUCUGAACACCUGUCUGGCCUCAACCGCGUCCUUUUUGCGUGAUUUGUUCGGAGAAUUUCAUGCACAUUUCGCAAAACAUCUGUUAGGUUCCCAAGGUCAAGUGCUGCUCAAUACUGCCGCAUCCACACUACGUGAGAGUCAGUCAGUGAUUGAGUUGGUCAUGAUGUUAUGCUCCCAGGAAUGGCAGAGUUCUUUGCAAAAGAAUGCCGGUCUAGCAUUCAUUGAGCUUAUCAACGAGGGUCGUGUGAUGUGUCGGGCCACACAGGAGCACAUUGUUCGCGUCACUCAGGAGGCGAUUGUUUUGCUCAAUCGGCUAUCUGCUGAUAGUGUGCAACGACACGCGCUGUUUGGUCAAUUGGCCGCACAAAUCGCCUCCCAGAAACGGGAUGAUGAUCGGGGUUGUGAUCAGUUGAUCGAGGCUGCUCGACGNACUUUGCCCACUCGACUGUCGUAUCUAACCGGCGAACCGCCAGAUGCCAAAUCUGCCACAACGUCAGAUUUCUAUCGCUUGGAUUGUUGGGAAGACGAUAGCCGUCGAAGACGUCGAUUCUCCCCAAAUCCCUAUGGAAGCACUCAUGCCAAUGCCGUGCUGUUUGAUCCAGACGAGCAGAUGGCUGCGCGAAAAUGUUUGGCUGAUGCUCGUCUUUCGGAGGCAGGUUGUUCAAUUCCGUUGGAAAGUGUACUACUCCCGAACGAGGCCAAUGGUACAUCUAAUUGGGCUGAUGGCCAGACAGCAUCAGCAUUACCCAUGCCCACACGACAAGAUUCGAACAGUCCUUCCAAAAACUCAACUGCGGCAGACGAUAGCCGUGUUCCUGAAUUAGAGGAUUUUCUGGCUCAGUAUGAGGAUGGAAUCGAGUUAACUCUGUCUAGUAUGACUUCGGAAGAUGCAGUUCGUUUUUCCGUUCCAUGUGUAAUGGUUUCCCUCGGGGUGGGGAUUCAUGGCACGCUCACUCUCUACAAAUCCGCGUUUCAAUUCGAACGGGACCCGACACAUCCGGUCAAUCGAGCAUUGGAUAAAAAGGUGCUGGUCUAUAUCGAGAAUACUCGAAGUCGAUGGUCUUUCGCUGAGAUCCAGGCCGUAUUCAGUCGACGAUAUUUACACCGAACCUUGGCAUUGGAAAUCUUCGUUACAUCACGAUCUUCAAUAUUCCUCGCUUUCGAUGAAGUGGCCACAUUGCAGCGUGUUGUGAAUGCUCUACCAGCGGUCGGUAUCGGGGCCAAGUACGGACUGCCGCGUUCUCGGAAUACAACCAUGGCUGAUCCACGACAGCUGUUCCUCGACUCCAAUAUGACUGCACGUUGGCAACGACGGGAAUUGUCCAAUUUUGAUUAUCUGAUGUACCUGAACACAAUUGCCGGUCGCACAUAUAACGAUAUGAAUCAAUAUCCGAUAUUCCCAUGGAUUCUGACCAACUACACGUGUACCAAUUUGGAUCUGAAUGAACCGUCUAAUUAUCGUGAUUUGUCCAAACCGAUCGGAGCUUUGGAUCCGAAGCGCAAGGCCUAUUUCGAUGAGCGUUACGCCACUUGGGAAGAUGACACGCAACCCCCGUUUCAUUAUGGGACACAUUACAGCACGGCUGCUUUCGUGUUAGGCUACUUACUACGCAUUGAGCCAUUUACCACUUUGUUUUUGGCGCUUCAGGUGAGUUGUCAGUUCCUCUUCCAUCCAGCUCUAUCUAUACUCGUCAUUGAAACAGUGUCAGAUACAUUGGUAUUGUAUUGUAUUGUAUACAUUGGUAUGGUAACAGUUUGCCAAUUAUACGAGAGCCGAUGUCUAUUGCAUGUUUUCUAA